AUGCCAUCUGACGAGGAAACCGCCAACACCGCGGAACGGACACCGCGGCUAAAUCAUGGCCAGAACGGGGGUUCAGCAGCAUAUGCACCAGUCCAUGCCGACGAGGAUGACGACGAGAAAGCCACUAUUACCCAAGAUAUCUCCUUCACAAAAGUGGCGCUUAUUAUGUGUACCGCCUGGUUCGGCGUCUUCUUGGGGGCGAUUGAUUCAACGAUUAUCGCCACGCUCUCCGGCCCGAUAUCGAGCGAGUUUCACUCGCUACACCAGCUGUCCUGGCUUGUCACGGCUUAUCUGAUCGCCAAUGCUGCCUGUCAGCCUAUUCUUGGCCGGCUCACGGAUAUCUUCGGUCGUGGGCCAUGCCUGGUAAUCAGCAACAUCCUCUUUGCGGCCGGGAACCUCCUUUGCGGACUGGCAAGGGACCAAUACACUUUGAUCCUGGGGCGUGUGAUAGCAGGCGCUGGCGGAGGUGGUUUGAUUUGUAUUGCAAACUUCCUAAGCUCAGACCUAAUCCCUCUACGAAAGCGAGGAUUAGCCCAAGGACUUGCAAAUGUGUGGUACGGCUCGGGCGCCAUGGUUGGCGGUGUGGUCGGCGGAGCGCUGAACGAUUACACAAAGUUAGGCUGGAGGCUUGCUUUCCUGAUCCAAGUCCCUCCCGCUUUGCUCUCUGUAAUAGCGGUGCAUAUCCUAGUCAAGGUCCCUCCGAAGCAGUCAAAGAAGUCAUACUUUAAACGUAUCGACUUCACUGGAGCUUUCCUAACGCUUGGAUACCUUGUCAUCUUCCUAGUUGGUCUCAGUUCCGGGGGAAACUUGGUGCCAUGGCUACACCCUUUGCCGCUUGUCUCCAUCCCGCUUUCAGUCGCUCUGUUCAUCGGCUUUAUCCAUUGGGAAAGCAGAGUAGAACAGCCAAUUAUCCCGGUGAGGCUUCUAGCCGACCCUACGGUCCUAGCGUGUUGCCUCAUGAGCCUUCUCUCUGUCAUGAUUGCAUUGACGGGAAUAUUCUAUAUUCCGCUAUAUCUUCAAGUGCUUGGUGGCUCCGCAACGGCAGCCGGACUAAAGCUGCUUUCAUCACCUCUUGGAGUGCCACUGGGUGCUCUCGCUGUGGGGUAUUUGAUGAAAAGAACUGUUGGUAUGGGCGUCUGGCUGUACACGCACCAGGGCAAAGAUAGUCCGGGAUGGGUGACUUGCGUGGGCCUGUUCCUGGUUGGAGCAGGCUACACUGCAGUGUUGACAACUACCCAAAUUGCAUCUGUCGCUGCGGUGCCGCACUCGCAACUGGCAACAGUCACAUCCGCCGUGUAUAUGGCCCGCAGCGUGGGGGGUACCGUGGGCUUAGCCAUUGCGUCUGCGAUCUAUCAGUAUACACUGAAUAAGCGACUGUGGGAGAACUUUGGGGCCCGGCCAGGUGCUGCAGAUGAGAUCCGCCGCAUUCGUGACAACCUCGAAGAAUUGCACAGGCUUCCACAAGCUUGGCGCGACAAGGCAAUUGCAUCAUACAUGGACGCAUUCCAAGCUGUAUGGCUGACCAUGGCUGUUUGGGCUUUGCUUGACCUCAUCUGCGUUUUACCUAUGAAACAGCACAAGCUUCACUCGACCUUGGACAGACGAUGA